AUGGUGGUGGCUGUGAUAGUAUUCAACCAAUCCAUUGCCUCCGAGUUCAUCUUCCAGGCAUUCUCCACCAUUCCUGAGAUACAACGUCUUCUCUUCACAUUCUUCCUUCUACUCUAUCUCACAAUUAUCUUUGGCAAUGUGUCCAUCAUCUGGGUGGUCUACACUGAACAGUCCCUCCACACCCCCAUGUAUUUCUUCUUGGGCAACCUCUCUUUUCUAGAGAUCUGUUAUACCACUGUGGUAGUACCCCAAAUGCUGGCCAGUGUUUUAGAUGUCCACAAAGCAAUCCCUGUUGCAAAUUGUGCCCUUCAGAUGUUCUUCUUUACAUCAUUAGGUGGCACAGAUUGUUUCAUGUUGGCUGUAAUGGCAUAUGACCGUUAUGUGGCCAUCUGUCAUCCACUUCGCUACAACCUGAUCAUGACUUGGAAGAUGUGUGCAUGGUUGGUUGUUGGCUGUCUAGGACUUUCUCUCAUGCUGUGCCUAGAGCUGACUGUUAUGAUCUUCACCUUGCCAUUUUGUGGUCACCAGCCACGAAUCAACCAUUUCCUGUGUGAUGUGCCUCCUGUGUUGCGGUUGGCAUGUGCCGACACUCAUGUUCAUCAGACUGUGUUAUACAGUGUUGGUAUCAUGGUGCUAGCUGUCCCCUUCCUUCUGAUAAGUGUCUCCUACAUCUACAUUGUGGCUGCCAUCCUGCGGAUCCAUUCUACUUCUGGGCGACACCAGGCCUUCUCCACUUGUUCUUCCCACUUGACAGUAGUAAUUCUCCAGUACGGCUGUUGCAGUCUUGUUUACCUGCGUCCCAAGUCAAGUUCUUCAGAAGAUGAGGACCGAAAACUUGCUCUUAUAUACACUUUUGUUACUCCGUUGCUGAACCCCCUCAUUUACAGCUUGAGGAACAAAGAUGUCAAGCAGGCUCUGAAGAAAGCCAUGAGGAGGACUGCUGAAUCCUAG